AUAUCAUGUUGCGUUGUAUCGUGGAGUUGUUCUACUCGGUUAGUUUAAACGGACGAACUGACGCCUAUUUACAUCCGUUGUUUGCCGGGUUUUAAGGAAUAUUUGAAUAAUGUUGUUAGAUUUUCACCUGUGAUUGUUCAGUUUUUUUGUGUUAUAAUUGACGAAAGUUUUGUUUUGUUGUAAUUAGAUUGACCUUCUGUUUCGAACCUGUUGAUUCGAAUUUAUAUUAUUUAAACUUAAUUCAAUGUGCGAGUGUUAAAAGUGAUUAGAACUUGGAUUAUAUAUAUAUUGUCUAUGGAAGUAGAAUUAUGCGAAAAUGUGGCAUCAUAUAAAUAUAUAUAAUAUUUGAUAACGAUCGACGAUGGCGUCAUCAUCGGUAACACUUCAUCAUUCGAUGCAUCCGCAUCAUCAGCUUACGACAACUUUGCCAAUUUCGAUAGCGACACCCUCCCGUGAUUCGAUGACUUUUACGAGCACAAAAGGUCUGCUUAAUGGACCUGGACAAAAUAAUUGCUUUCUGAAUAGCGCCGUACAGGUGUUGUGGCAUCUGGAUAUCUUUAGGAGGAGUUUCCGGGACCUAUCUGGCCAUGCUUGUAUGUCGGAAUCUUGUAUCUUCUGUGCCCUCAAGGAGUUGUUUUCUCAACUUCAAUUCUCGACCGAAACAGCUUUGCCUCCUGAUACGUUACGCAGGGCGUUAGCGGAAAGUUUCUUCGAUCAAAAUAGAUUUCAGUUGGGGUUUAUGGACGAUGCAGCUGAGUGCUUCGAAAAUAUGCUUUUACGCAUCCAUAUGCACAUAGCACAAGGCGAAGCCGAAGAUAUGUGUAAUGCAAGACAUUGUAUCCCACAUCAAAAGUUUGCCAUGACUUUAGUGGAACAAAGCGUUUGUGCAGCUUGCGGUGCCACUUCAGAACCACUAUCUUACACACAAAUGGUUCAUUAUAUCUCGACGUCAACCUUGGUGUACCAGGUACGUGCAAAUGGAGGAAGGGGUAAUUCUGAGCCAUUUGGACAACUUUUAAGAAAAGCAGGGAAUAUGGGAGACGUCAGAACAUGUCCAAGUGCUUGUGGAGCCGUCAUCCAAAUAGGUCGUACAUUAAUGAAUCGCCCCGAAAUAGUAUCAAUUGGUCUAGUAUGGAACUCCGAAAGACCAACGCUAGAACAUAUAAUGGAAGUAUUUUCAACAAUUGGAACCUCCUUAAGACUUGGAGAUGUUUUUAAUACAGUAGUCGAUAGUCGAUGGGCGGACGUAUCGGUUCAUAAUUUAGUUGGUGUCGUAACGUAUUAUGGUAAACAUUACUCAACAUUUUUCUUCCACACCAAACUCAGAGUAUGGAUUUAUUUCGACGAUGCAACUGUCCGAGAAGUGGGACCAAGAUGGGAGCAGGUUGUUGAGAAAUGCCGAAAAGGAAGGUAUCAACCCCUCCUGCUUCUUUAUGCCCUACCGGAUGGAACGCCAGUCAAUACAGAAAACGCUCCAAAGCAAGUAACUCCAAUGCAAAAUGAUAAAGUGAAUAAGAAACCACCGCAAUCUCUGAUUCGCAGAUCAGUUACACCAAGUCCUGAGAAACCGGUGAUAGGAACAACUAGACGUGCCAUAACACCUAAUCCAGACGGUUCAUCCAUAAAUCAGAAACCUCCAUUACCUAGACCAUAUAAUGACUAUCAAAAUUUGGCUGUUAUUCAGAAUAAUAUUUCCCAAAAUCAAGAUGUUGAUGUAGUUGAUGGAUGUAUAAACAAAAAAGAUCCUGAAUAUGUUAGUAGGAAAACCUUGGAUUUUGGAAAACCUCAGAUACAUAGAACAUUGAGUAAUGGAUCUUCAUCGGGCAUGGAAGGUAUCAACAUUCCAGAUCAUUUGAAUGUACCAAGAAGACGUGACAGUGGUAAUUGGAGUGGAGAUAGAAACAGUGCUUCAUCAUCUUCUUCAACUACAAUGGAAAAUCCUUAUCUAUAUCUUGUUGGUAAAGUUCCCAGUAAUGGAGGAAGCGUUCCAGGAAGCCCUACUAGAACUAAAACUGAUUACUCUAGUAGUAGUAGCGGAAUAUAUGAUGCCGGAUACGAUUCAUAUUCUCUAUCAUCCAACGACAGUUCAACUGUGACUACAUUACAACAUCUAAUGAAAAUGGGACAUUUAGCUAAAAUUCCUGAAGAUUACAACAAUAUGAGUUUAAAUCAAAACUCUCCCAGUUGCGAUGUUCUUUGCGACGAAGCCGACGAACUUUUAAUAAAAUCCCGACAAUUGGAAGAUGAACACGAUCUUGUUUUAGCUCUAGCUCUUUGCAACGCUGCCGCUACAAAAGCUAGAGCCGCUAUGAAUGCUCCGUACAAUAAUCCCCAAACGUUAACAUUAGCUAGAAUGAAGCAUAAUACUUGUAUAAUGAGAGCCAGGAGUCUUCACAGAAGAAUGACACAAGUGCCUAAUCCCACUAGCAAAGAUGCACAACCAGAAAUAAGACACACUAGAGAGGGUAGCAGCAGUAGUGGAAGACAUUCAAGACAAAAUUCUAGAGAUAAAAGUAAUCAUUCUAGACAAAACAGCAAAGAGAUAUUGAUUCCUGAAAAGGAAAAAACUCAAUCAACAAAGAGUAUUGAAAUAUACGCUACUUUACCCAAAAAGAAAGAUGCUUUAAAAGCUAAGUUAUCUAACACAAGUGUGGAGGAUGAAGAGUAUAUGCUGUAUGAUAAACCACCUGUAAGAGAGUCCAGAUUCAUAUUUUCAAGAAAUAAAAAUAAAGAUCAAAAAGGGAAAGAAAAAAGAUCACGCAGUGAAGAUAGAAAUAAGCUUUCUAGAGGAGAUUUUUCUAUUGCUCCAGAAAUCGUCACUGGAAAGGAUACAUUGAAGAAAGCCAAGGAAAAGGAAGAAAAAGAGAAAGAUAAAGAUGGUAAAUCUAAGAAGCAACAUAAAAUUCGACGAAAAUUAUUAAUGGGUGGAUUGAUCAAACGCAAAAACAGAAGUAUGCCAGACCUGACUGAUACAAAUUCUGUAGAAGACAAUUCUGUCAAACCUGCAACUGUCACAGUAGAUGAUAGUAGUCUAUGUUUAAAAGGUUCACUAGAAAAUCCUCCUAGUAUGAAUGGUUACUUGUCUGAAGGUCAUUUAGAAUUUACUGGAAAUAAUCCAAAUCCUAAUUUAGAAAGAAGCAAGUUGAUGAGAAAGAGUUUCCAUGGAAGUGCCGGUAAAAUUCUAACAAUGGCAAAAGUACCACCUCCACCUCCUCUCAGAACUACUUCACAGCUUAGUACAUCUAAGUUGAACGGAUCAGAAGUUGGUGAAGAGAAUCAACAACCUCAAAACAGGUACUACCAACAAGACUACAGAUAUCAAGCUCCCGUAUCAUUACCAUAUUAUAAAGAUGAAUCGUUUAGUGAUGAAAGCUUUUCUACUAGUUGCAACACUGUUAUUACCACUGCCGACGUUCACCACGAAGGAAACUCGAUGAAUUCCAGUGGCAUAGACGAAGUCGACUGUCUCCCAGCCACUCAUACUACAGUACAAACUUUUGAUCUACCACCUUAUCCAAGUCCAAUGGGUUCUGUGGUUCAUUCUAGACAGGCAAGUGAAGAAUUUCCACCACCACCUUCGCCUCUCGAUUUAUCAGCAUUAGAUGAACAUCUACAGCAAAUUGCACAACCGAGUACUUUACUAAUGCAACUGCAGAAUAAACGGCAACAGAUUCUCUCACAGGAAUCUGAUAUACACAAAAUAAGUAUUGCCCCAAAAUCUUCAGGUGAAACGUGGUUAAAAGAAUUACAAGCAAAACAAGCAGCUCUAAGAAAUAAAAGAAACCAAGCAGAUACUAUUAAUGAAGGCACAGAUGUAGUUAAUACUCAGAGAUAUCUUCAAGGGGAUAACAAACAAUCUGUAAAAGAUUUAGCAUCUCGAUUUGAAGGCCAAGAGUUGAAGCAAACUUUGAAACAUGACCCUGUUAAAAACGACAACAAUGGCGUUCUUUCAAUGAAAAAAAGGGAAGAAUUAGAAACUAUAGCACCUGAACAAAUAGCAGAAGAAUUGAGAGAAGUAGAAAUGCUAAAUGCAGUUGUCCACAAGACAUUAAAUCAGACUUCUGAUAUUAGUAUAAAUGAUGAUAGUAGAAGAAGAUUGCCGAAGAAAAAGAGUGUGUCAUUCUGUGAUCAAGUAAUACUUGUAGCAACAGCAGAUGAACAAGAAGAUGACAGUUUUAUUCCAAACCCUAUUUUGGAGAGAGUUUUAAGAACGGCAAUGAAUAAACCAGAAACUGCCGCCAUAAGACAAGAAAUAAUGUCACUAAGAGAAAACGAAACUAAAAAUGAAGAAGCUGCAUCACAAAAUCAACCAAUGUAUGUUAAAAGAGCAGAUAUCGCGAAGCAAGUACCUGAAGUACUUGGGUAUAGACAAUCUCCCCAACCACUAUACAAUAAUCAACAAAAUGGUCAUGCACAACACUACGCCAUGCAACACUCACCACAACUACAUAGACAAAAUAUUCCAAAUGAUGUUCCACAACAUGUAAGACAAAAUAUUCCAGGUACUUACCCGCCACUUCACAGACAAAGCUCUGCAAAUGAUUCGCAAUACUAUAGACAGCAUUCUCAACCUAUUAGACAAAAUUCACAAGAAGAUAAUCCUCAAAUCAACAGAUCAAAUCCACAAGCUGAUCAUCCACAGCUUAACAGGCAAAAUGAUUCCCAUAAUAGACCCGUAUAUCCUGUGGAAAUGUAUCAAGAUACUUCUCACAAUCAGUAUCAUUAUCAAAAUGGACUUGAUGAACAACAGUAUGUUACUAACGUCACUCAGUAUUCAAAUCCUACUUCAAAACAAUCACCAUAUCAACCCAUCCCGCCAAAUUCCGCGGCUUAUGCUGCUUAUUACAGCUACAAUAGCAAUAAAUCUCCACAGUAUGCUCACGCUGUUCGUCAAGGUCAAUCUAGAGUAACAAAUCCUAGUCCUAUGAAUUGUCAUACUCCUUAUCAGUCUCCUCCCGUGCCUCAAAACUACAGUCAACUUCCAUACCGAAACGGCUACGACCAAUAUUAUCAAAGAGUACCUCCAGAAAAUUACUCCCGAUAUCCUAAUGAUUCGUAUCCCCAAAGUUCACCCUAUCAAAGAGUUCCUCAACCUGCAGAACAGAGGAUGUCACAACCCUCAGAUCAAUUAAAUGUUUAUCAGAGGGUUUCAAAUGAUUACGACGCACAAAACUCUACAUAUCAAAGGGUACCAAUGGAUGUUUACCAAAGGAUACCACCUUAUCAUCCCGAAGAUGUACAUAAGAUGUCGCCAUAUCAGCCUGUGCCGCAAGCUAAAAAUUUAAAGAAAACUGUUAGUUUCGAAGCUGGCACUAAAGGAGCAGAAUCUCCAACACCUUGGGCAGUCGUUACUCCAAUUAUAGUGAAUAAUGCGAACAAUAGUGUACCUACUGACAAAACUAAGUGUAAUUUAUGCAGAAAAAAGAAUGUAGUAGCAUCGAAUUUGUAUUGUCAGGAUUGUGAGUUUUACAUGUCGAGGUUUAAACCGAAAAGUUAACAUUUAUUUAUGAAUUGUACAUAGGCCUGUGAAUUUUGUUGUAAAAUGUGAUAUUCUGUUCAAAUGUUACAAAGUUUUAUAUAAGUUUUUUUUAUAAAUGUUUAAUGCAUAUAAACAGAUCUCAAAUUUUAGCUCACAAUUGAAAUUUUAAUGCAUUAUAUGACAUAAUUUUAGUACAUAUCUACCUUUUAUUCUUUGUAUUAGUAAAUAUCUUCAAUGAAUUAUGUGUUUUUAUUAUAAAAAACUGCCACUUUCAUUCUUUAACCAUAAGGCAAGACGAAAAUUAGGACACAUAUAGCACGUGUGAGUUGACGCAGCACAGCACGUAGUUUUAUAAUCUACAAGAUUAAAAACAUCUACGCAAAUUGAUAACGCGGUGCGUGAGCUCACAGACGUGUCUGGCUGUAGUUAACACACAAUUUGCUGUGCACA